GGUAAAGAAGUGUAAUAUUUCUGUCGCGGAGGGGCUUUUUUGCAAAAUAGGAAAGGUAGCGGGGGGCGAAGCCGAGAAGGUCACCGCCGCUGGUCGCCGUCGUCGUCGUCGCCGCCGCCGCCGCCGCCGUUGUGCUCGCGGGAGCUCGAAACCCCACGCUGGUCGCGCGGCGGAGGAGGGAGGUAGGAGGGAUGGGUCGAUCUGUUUACGUGGCGGCGGCCGUCGCCCUGGUGCUCACGAGCUGCUCCGUGCUCUGCCUUGGCGCGGAGCGGUUCGGGGCGAGGGAGUGCGAGGAGCUGGGGUUCACCGGUCUCGCCCUCUGCUCCGACUGCAACGCCCUCGCGGAGUUCGUCAAGGACCAAGAAUUGGUGGAGGACUGCCGUAAAUGUUGUACAGAGGAUUCAGAUGAUUCUAUCAGCAAGCUCACAUUCUCUGGUGCAAUUAUUGAGGUGUGCAUGAGAAAGCUUGUGUUUUAUCCAGAAAUCGUGGGCUUCCUCGAAGAGGAUAAAGACGACUUCCCUUAUGUGGAAGCUCGUUAUGUCUAUGGCUCUCCACCAAAGCUCAUUAUGCUUGAUGACAAAGGCGACCAGAAGGAGACUAUAAGGAUCGACAACUGGAAGAGGGAGCACAUUCGGCAGUUUCUCAAAGAGAAGGUGAAGCCAGUGAAGUCAGACAGCUGAGCAACUGUCCUGAGCCAAUGCAGAAGGCAUUCCCAAUGGUAUUUGGUUAUCUGCUAGCAAAAAAACUCGCUGUCCAUGCUGAUCUGUUCCUAAUUCUGAAAUCUGAAUAGCAUAUGUAGAACACCUACUGUUUCCACAAGAGAGGCUGUUGUAUGGCGUGCAUUGGUAUUCAGUAGUCACCCAAACAUAAUCAGUGUAAUUCAGGAUUCUUACAUAUGCCUCCAUGAGGCUAUAUUUUUUUUACCUCAAUAAUGACUGGAGUCAUAUGCAUUAUCAAUUUACCAUGCUCAAUAUUUCGAUA